CACAAGGAGGGUUAUGUUUUUACGUUAAACUUUUCCAAUAGACAUGGAACGUCGGGGCGUGUCCGUGGACAUGGAGCAGCUGAAGUCGAUGGAGCGUGUCCUGGAGACGAAGAUGAAAGCGGCUGAGCAGGAGUGUCACAAGGCCGCAGGGAAACAGUUUCAGGUAAACUCUCCGCUGCAGGUGCGCGCGCUGCUAUACGACGAGCUAAAACUGGACGAGAAGUGCAAUGUUAAGAUCAGCGCGACACUCUCCAAGGGAGCAAAAUCAACUUCCGAGGCUACUUUGCGAAGCCUAAUGUCCGUGCAUCCGCUCCCCAAGUGGAUCCUGGAGUACCGGCGCCUGCACAAGGCUCACGCCACCUUUCUCACUGGCAUCGCCCAGCACGUUAAGGAUGGAGUCGUCAAACCAACUUGGGUACAGACAGCGGCUGCGACGGGUCGGAUUGCCUCCAACAACCCUAACUUACAGGCUAUUCCCAAAGCACCAUUUAACGUCAUCAUGUUUCCAGAAUCCGAGGAUGUAGACAACCCCUUGCUGAACUUUCGGUCGGUGUACACGGCGCGCGCCGGGCACGCGCUGCUGGCGGCGGACUUCCGGCACGUGGAGUGCCGCGUGUUCGCGCACGCCGCUGCUGACUCCGCACUGCUGGCCGCGCUCGCCAGCGACCAGGAUCUCUUCAAGGUCCUGGCUGCUAAAUGGUUGAACAAGCCCGAGGCGGCGGUGUCGAGCGCUGACCGCGAGCGCACCAAGCGCAUCGUGUACGCCAGCCUGUACGGCGCGGGCGCGCGCAAGCUUAUGGAGAUCCUCGACGUCAGCUACGAUCAGUCGCUGGCCAUCACUGCUAGCUUCAACAGGACGUUCCCGUCGCUGCGGUCUUUCGGGCAGCGCGUGGUCGCACAGGCCCGGAACGAGGGCGGGCGGCUGCGGUCGCUGGGCGGGCGCGCGCGUCACCUGUCGGGACUGGCCAGCGCGGAUCCUGCCGCGCGCGCGCACGCUGAAAGGCAGGCUGUUAACUUCAUCGUGCAAGGCUCCGCAGCCGACUUGUGCAAGAUGGCGAUGGUGGCGACGAGCGCGCGGCUCGGCGGCGCCGCGCACCUGCUGCUGCAGAUACACGACGAGCUCGUCUGGGAGGUGCACGAGGACGACCUGGAGAGAGCUGCUGCGAUAGUGAAGGAGGUGAUGGAAGGCUGCGGGCGCGCGUGCGGGCUGCCCUCGCUGCCCGUCAACGUGGCCGCCGGCCGCAGCUGGGGCACGCUGCUGCCGGUGGGGCUGUCGCAGCAAGCGUAGACAAUACCUGACGCGGCGGUGACCGGACUGUGGCAAAGAUGACGCUUAAGCUAAGCGUCCACUUGUCGGUAUCGUACGCAACGGACGCAUCGUACAAAACAUCGUACGAUGCGGACAGGUGGACGCACUUAUAUGAGUUUCUAUAUAAAUAAUACUACGAUCCGUUGCGUGCGAUACGUCCGAUGCGUACGAUACCGACAUGUGGACGCUAGCCUUUAGGCCACAAAAACACAAAGUGACAUUGUUAAUAUACUGCAACUGGCAGUUCAAAUAGAUUUAACUCUCUUUUUCAUAGAUUGUCAACGAUUUUAAUAAAAACAUGAAAGUUUUUAAUAUUUUUAUUUACUAAAAACACAAGUUUUAACAUACAAAAUAUUUAUUAUGAAUAAAAUUUAAAUCUAAUACAAAAUAUGGUAUUUAUGACUUCAUUUGCUGGAAAUACAUUGAUUGAAAAUUAAAUGAAAAUGGUCUUAUCAUAAAUGAUGGUGGACUAUUUAAAAUAUUGGCAAGAAGUGUUUCAUGUCAGUAGUCAUGAGUUAUUUAAAUGUUAAAUUAACAUGAAUGUACCAAAGACAUAUUUUAUAUAAGAAAACCUAAACCUGAAUACAAAAGUAUGUAAUUAAUUAAUUAAAUGUUUUAAUUCAUUCUCUGAUUUCAAUAGAUAAUAAUAAGUUUAUUUCUGGAAAGACUGUUGUUUGUGUUUGUGCGUUAAGUAUUUGUUGUUGAGAAAGCGCGACACAUUAGGGAAGACAGAGUAGUAGCCGAAAGGCUCCUAUGGGAGGAAAAAAUAUUUUAAUACUUGUUUUUUUGUUUGUCCAAACACAUCCAAGGUUUUAAUUUAAUACCAUACUUACCCAACAUAAAUUACAUUUAGAUAUAGUAGCAGUCAGUGUAAUUUUAAUUGUGGUGUUCAAUUACAAACAUUUCAAAAUUAGACUUUAUGUGGAUGGUUAUCUAAGAUAAUCAAACGGUAGUAUGAAACGCGGUAAGAAAAUAAUUCUUCUGAUUGUUAGUAUUUGAAAAAAUAUCACCAUUUUUGAUCAGUCACCUUAGAGUAUUAAGGCGUUCGAUAAAAUAACCAUACAUUGACUAGUGGGUAUUUAUAUCAAGAAGAGUCAAAUAAUGAUACUCAUUCAUUACAUA